AUGGAUUCCAGUCGCACUAGAAUGUUGGCACAGGCUGUAUAUGUCCUCCUUGUGAUAACGUGCGUGGCCGAGGGGACCGAGCCCAGAACCAUUUUGGUUGGAGACUCUCAAGGUUGGCGUGCGGGCACUAACUACACGCAAUGGGCCAUUCAAAAUAGCCCCUUCCACAUAAACGACACGUUGGUGUUCAAGUACCCCCCACCAGGAAAUUCGACGGUUACGCAGAGCGUGUACUUGCUCCCAAACCUGUGGAGCUAUAUAACCUGCGAAUUCAGAGGAGCAAAGGUGUUGGGGAACGCAAGCGAAGGACAUGACGAGGGGUUUAAGGUUGAACUGAAUGAGUUGAAGUCCUAUUACUUUGCCUCUGCCGAAGGCAACUCCUAUGACUGCCUCGCCGGUCUCACCAAGUUCGUGGCUCACCCCUCCACACCCUAA